AUGACUGAUGGGCACAGAGACCCCUUCCAGUACGGUGCCCAAGAGUGUCUCACGAGCACCCGUCGCCGGAUUCGAUGGGAUAAUUACGACUCUACUAGAUCUCAUGAGAACCUCCUUGUUCCGAUUCUGGAGUAUUCAACUAGGCUACCAGUAUUUGAAGGCUCCAAGUAUGGACAAAGCGUGAGGGUUGGUGCGCAAGUUUUCCGACGAGAUCGGAAGGGCCAAUGGAUCGCCGACACGUCAGACGAGGAUGGGUUCGUACCUUACUGGGAAGACAUCACCACAUCUGGGCCGUACACAGUGUGGUCACGCCGAAAACGGAUCGAUCUUGAGAUAUUGGGUGGUCUCGGAUCCCUGCAAUCGAUACUGAAGCUCUCAUCCGGACGCAUCGGUGAAAAAGAAGAUGAUUCUCAACCAUUUACUGAGUCAGAGUCCUCAGAUACCGAGUCUACCGCAUCUAAAGUGAGUACUGAUGCCAUCGGAGACGACUCUGAUGAAGACAUAAGUGAAACCGAAAUAUUUGAUCUAAGGCGGUACGAAGAGCUCGAAAAUAUAUCUUCUGCUGAGGAGCUUGAUGAUGGUUCCGGAUCCGAAAUUGAUGAAGGGAACUUGACCUGGGAAAAAGAUCAUUCUUUUGCUCGCGGAAUUGUCCGGAGGCACGAUUUAACUGGAGACUCGCGCACACAGGAGAGCUUUCAUCCCAUCCUGCCGAUGGCGGACAGAAACAACCGCUCUAGAGCGUCAUCACAGGGCGAUUCCUCCGCUGAUGUUGAUGCUGAUGAUGAGGACUCAGACUCAGAGAACGAAUAUGUUGAAACAGGAGACUCCGACUCAGAAUCAAACCAAGGCUCAUUGUCAAACUCAAGCUCAGAGAGUAAACAUUAUCUCAGGUGCGAUGUGUGCGAUAAUCAUAUCGCCACUGCCGACAGUGAUAAUUCCGAGCUAGAGCUAUGUUAUCAGUGCAACCGCUGUGUUUUGGAUGACUCGUACGAUAUCUGCUGGGCUUGCUACAAUAAAGGAGCAUGGUGCGCCAAUCCAACCCAUAAGCUUCGUAUCUUAGCCUCCAGCCGAGGCAGAGGAUUCAGCCCGAGAGAAGAAAUUAUCCGAGAUGAAGCGGACCCUGUCCUUGAUAUUGUUAUUGAAAAAUUCAACGAAGGGAGUCAUGCCGGGUUGAUGUCCGUGUUUCGAUACUCUCGGCGUAACAAAGACAUGCUACACAAUUCAAAGCCUAUUAUCCAUCCUUCUCACCCUCUGGUUGUGUACCCGCUGGAUGGUCAGAGGUAUCUGUUUGGCAAUCUUGAAAAUAACACUUAUGUCGUCCACGAAGUACCUUUCGGCACUUCGGAAACAAACCAGACGAGUGCCGACACCUGCAUUCCUCUCGCAGAGAAUCUAUUUGGUUUGGAGCGACCAGACUCCAUGUGA